CGGUGCCUCCGAAGACAGAGGCGAAGGCCAAGGCGCUGAAGGCCAAGAAGGCUGUCCUGAAGGGGGUGCACAGCCACAAGAAGAAGAAGAUCCGCACCUCACCCACGUUCCGCAGGCCUAAGACCCUGCGGCUGCGGCGGCAGCCCAAGUACCCCCGGAAGAGUGCUCCCCGGAGGAACAAGCUGGACCAUUAUGCCAUUAUCAAGUUCCCUCUGACCACAGAGUCAGCAAUGAAGAAGAUUGAGGAUAACAACACUCUGGUUUUCAUCGUUGAUGUCAAGGCAAACAAGCACCAGAUCAAACAGGCUGUCAAGAAGCUGUAUGAUAUCGAUGUGGCCAAGGUCAACACAUUGAUUAGGCCUGAUGGGGAGAAGAAGGCUUACGUCCGACUAGCUCCAGAUUAUGAUGCACUGGAUGUAGCCAACAAGAUUGGAAUCAUCUAAACUGCAUCUGCUGAGGACUGUACAGACAGGAUAAUAAACCCUGUGACACCA